CGUGACUCUCAUCCCUUUGACGUGACAUUGAAGGACACCCAGUUUUUCACGACACGUAACUCGACCGAAUUUCUAAAAGAUGGCUGGCCGAUUAUACGAUAGGAUAAUUGGUAACGGUUGGCAGAGUAGUAAAUCUCCAAAUAUUCGUCAGCACUAGGUGUGUUAUGCCCAUUGUAUUAAUGAUAAUUGGUAACCAACAAUUGGUAUAAACGGUGGGUCAAGUCUGAGAGUGUUUCUACUUUGGUAUGGUAUAUGGUAUGGUAUAUGCUUACAUCUGUAUCUGAAUUCUUCCUAACUUCUCCCCCAUCUUGCUACCCCAUGUAUAUUCUUCCUAUAAAUCUUCAUUUGCAAUCCGAUCUCGCAUCUUCUAACCCUAAUGACUAACGAUCACGCCCGUGUUGCCCAGUGGCAGAAUGAUUUGCUACCUCACAUUGUUGACCGACUGGCUCGGAAACCCGAAGCUAUCUAUGGCUUGUGGCCCGUUGCGCCCGAUUCCUAUGAUGCCGGCUUUCGUGUUGUUACCUACUCACAGCUGGCUAAUAUCGUGAAUGGCUUGGCUUGGUGGCUUACUGAGCAACUUGGGCCCGGCUCUCAUCACGAAGUCCUGACUUAUAUCGGCCCCAACGACGUGCGGCUUGUAGCGCUCGCGUUAGCCUCGAUGAAAUCGGGUUAUGUACUUUUUCUCACAUCGCCGCGCAAUAGCGCCGCAGCACACCGUAGUCUUUUCGACUCUUUGAAGUGCCGGACUCUUGUAACGACGGACCCAGCGCCACCGUCCGUCUCCACUGUUCUUGAAGCCGUCAAACCACGUCAGCUUUCUAUUCCUACUGUAGAAGAGCUCUUGGAGAAGCCAUAUCCGCACUUCUUCUUCAAUAAAACUUUCGAGCAAGUCCGCUGGGACCCGGCCCUCGUAAUUCACAGUUCUGGAUCAACCGGUUUGCCGAAGCCCCUGAUAUGGUGUCAUGACACUUUUGCACGGGAGUGUAAUUCUAAUGGCCGUGAGCCCCCUGAGGGGAUGACCUCGAUCGAUAGCUUCUGCCAUGGCAAGAGAGUAAUAGCAGCAUUACCUCCGUUCCACGGAGCUGGUUUGUCACAAUACCUAUUCAACGCCAUUCCAUUCGGCAAUAUUAUCAUUGCACCAGCAGCUACGGCCAUUGUGACCGCUCAGGGGCUUGUAGAAGCCCUCAAGCAGGCACCAGCAGAUGUAGCGGUACUCGUACCGUCGGUAAUAGCUGAACUAGCCCAGAAUCCCGAACUGCUGGAUUACUGUGCAACCCAUCUUAAACUGAUUCUCUAUAUCGGAGGUGACCUACCCCAAGAAAUCGGAGACCGUAUCGCAACCAAGGUUAGGUUACGUUGUCAAUGGGGUGCUUCUGAGGUUGGUAUACCACAGCAAUUGCUGCCAGCCGAACUAGGACCGCUGGACUGGCGUUAUAUUCGCUUCCAUCCAUGUACCGGUGCAGUCUUUGAAGAAGUUACGAGUAACAAUUAUGAGUUGAUCAUACGACGCGAUGAAGCCCUCUCCGAGACACAGACAGCCUUUGGAAUGCUAAGCCAAAAGAAUCUUGAGGAGUAUCGUACCCGCGAUCUUUUUGGACCUCAUCCGUCCGUGCCAGAUGCUUGGCGAUGGCGCGCUCGUGCCGACGACAUUAUAGUAUUUCUAAAUGGCGAAAAGACGAACCCAAUUUCAAUGGAGCAACAUGUCCUCGCUAGAAAUCCCGAGCUAAGUGGUGUCUUGGUAAUUGGUUCACAGCGAUUUCAAGCGGCCUUGUUGAUUGAGCCAGUCGUUAAACCCCUGAGUACGGCGGACCAAGCUGCCUUAAUUGAACGCAUCUGGCCCAGUAUAGAAGAGGCUAACCAGGAUGCGCCAGCUCAUGCGCGCGUGGAAAAGGCGUUGGUCCUCAUAGCAUCAGACCGCCCGCUAAUUCGCGCUGGGAAAGGUACUAUCCAACGGUCCGCCAGCAUUGCUCAGUACGCAGUUGAAAUCGACAAGUUAUAUGCAGAUAUAGAUGUGGAUCUCGACGACGAAAUUGAUCGAAUAUCUCUGGGUGCAACGGAGGGUGAAAUCGCGUCCGUUAUACGAAACGCUGUUUCUACUGUCACAAGUUGGCAAGGCAUAGAUGACUCGGCUAGUUUCUUUGACCUGGGUAUGGAUUCAUUGCAGGCACUUCAGCUCACGCGUGCAUUACGACGUGCCCUCCGUCGGCCUGGAAUUGGCCUAUCCACUGUAUACCAAAAUCCUACCAUUCCUCAACUAACGUCAGCGCUUCUGAACCAAAGCAGUACGCCCAAUGACCACGACCUCGUGGGCUCUUUACUAGCUACCUAUCGCGAACUAGUUCAGCAGAUUCCAGUGCCAAAGCCACUAGCACCAAACCCUACAGAGCCAGUCGAUGUGAUUUUAACAGGCUCCACUGGUACUCUAGGGACAUACACACUGCGAGCGUUACUCGGUCGACCUGGAAUUGGACACAUAUUCUGCCUCAAUCGUAGCCAAGGAGGCGGUCGCAACAUACAGUCCUAUCGUUUCGCGGCGGCUGGAUUAACAGCAGAUUUUGAUAAUCGAGUAACUUUCAUACAGGCAGAUUUAAGCAAUCCUUCUCUUGGUGUUGACGAGGAAACGUACAACGAAUUGCGUUCUCGAGUUGGACUCGUUAUCCACAAUGCUUGGCCGGUGAACUUCAACUUGGGAUUACAAGCUUUUCGACCGCAUCUGGCUGGGCUAGUAAACCUGUUUGCACUCUCGGCAGCAUCGGCACCACGGGAGAUGCGUAUUGUUUUCAUUUCGUCAAUAGGCGCUAUAGCAGGGCGGCUAGUUGAUUCCGGGGCGGCCCCUGAAGCCGUACUCCAGUCACUCGAUAGCCCUGCUACCAACGGAUACUCCAGCAGCAAAUUCAUAGCCGAGCACCUCUGUAAUACUGCUUCUAAGCACUUGGGUAUUCCCGUUACGAUUGCGCGGGUGGGUCAAGUCGGCGGUGCCGCCCGCUAUCCCGGCCUAUGGAACCCCUCCGAGUGGCUCCCGAGUCUUGUUAUCAGCUCCUUACACCUUGGCUGUUUGCCCAGUGACCUAGGACCCCAAUUCUCCGAGGUCGACUGGAUGCCUUCGGAUCUUCUGGCCGACGUCGUGGUAGACCUUGCUAAAUCUUCUAAACCCGAGGGGGCAGGCUCCGACGCCAUCGUAUUCAAUCUACGCAACCCAAAUACAGUAGCGUGGGAUACACUAUUACCGGUAAUAUUGGAGCAUGUUGAGACACGCCUUGGUAAGAAACUUGAGGUUGUACAACCGUCAACUUGGUUAAACCGUCUAGAAGAAAGUGCAGUGGUUGUUUCAGAGGGAGAUAUCCCAGGCAUGGCCAACGCAGUUAAGUCAAAUCCGGCUAUUAAGCUACUAGAUUUUUACCAUAAUGGAUUAUGGGCUCAUGAAGCUGUUCCUGCACAACCAAUGGCGGUCGAGCGCGCUCUAGCUGCAAGUCAAACGCUUCAUGACAUGCCUCCUGUGGGGGAUAAAUGGAUGCGUAAGUGGAUCAACGAGUGGAUGGAGGCAUAGGCAUUAUUCUGUUAAGUGUUAUAAUUCGUAGCCUACAAUAAAGACCAUAGUACAUCAAGAAUCGUUAACUGGCAGCCAGUAGUUAGAGCCCAGAUAGAUACGUCUUGGGACUAGCUAGCAACUUUGUGCCCUAUUUCUCUAUUUUCAAAACAAU